AUUAGUAAAGCAUGCUGACAAUACAGAGAUUAAAGAAAUAAAGGCACCGGCAAACUGGAGCAUACCAAAGUGGAAAGAUCUUUCGGAACAUAUUUUGAUUGUAAAGGAAAGUAUUAUGCAUGCGGCUUCGACAUUUUAAAGUACUUCUUUUAACAAACACUUUAUAGAUAACAACCAAUACCAUUAGAAUCACUUUAAUUGUUAUUUAAAUCGAACUGCACAUGCACCUGACAAAUACCAAAAUGCUUUUAUUGAUGUUGCUUGCCCUACCGCAAGUAUUUCAAUUUCUAGUGAAAAAAACUGUUCUAAAGGCUAUGUAUACUUUGACUUUUUGCGUGCCUUCUUAGAAGAAUUGCGUUUUUUAUAAAAAACAAAACAACAUCCAAAUCGAUUAUUAUCUAACAUCUUCUUACACAUUUUGUCUUAAACCAUCAAUUAAAUACUUUGACCAUUUAUCUCAUUACAGCUGAAAACAUCAGACUCAGAGUAUGGAGAAAUAGAAUCAUUGUUCCUUCAAAGUUUAGAGAACGCUCAUAUUAAAUCAAUAGACAGGAUUGAAAAUGGUGAUCUGUGGGAGAACUACAUGAUGAAGAAAUCGAAAAUGAUGAAAAAGAAAAAUGAAAGAAAAAUCGGAGAAAAGAGAGUGUUCCAUGGCACAAAGAACCAAUAUAUAGCUGCUAUCUGUAAGCAAGGGUUUGACUUCAGACUCAAUGGUCAAACAACAGCUACAAUGUACGGAAAAGGUUGUUAUUUUGCGAGAGAUUCAAGCUACUCUAAUAACUAUGCAGAGAAUGGUACAGACAAAUCAAUGUUUGUUGCAAAAAUAUUGCCAGGAGAAUACGUAUGCGGAAACCCUGAUUAUUGUCGCCCUCCACAUAAAGUUGAAUCAGAUCAAAGCAGCGACCUCUACGAUUCAUGUGUAGAUAACGUGCGGAAUCCAACGAUCUUCGUGAUAUUUGACAACAACCAGAUAUAUCCAGAGUUCCUUGUUAGAUACACAACAAAGUAGAAAAACAAUGAAGUAGUGCUGUUAGUGCUUUGUUUGGGAUGUUUUCUUCUUGACAUUUUCGAAUUAUUUAACAUUCUUUUUCUAUUGCAAAUAACGACUUAAAACUGUUUUUUUAAGUACUAAUUGUAUGAAUAUUUAUGUAUUGUUUUACAACUCUUGUAAUAUGUUUAUGUCUUCUUUGUAACCGUCGAUGUGUUACUUUUAUUUGUGAAAAAUAUUGUUUUCUUUUAUUAAUGUUUUUAAAAAAAUAGUCGUCUUAAGUUUUCAUGUGCAGUGUAUUUUGUGUGAAAUGUACUUUUGAUAUUGGAAAUAAACUUCAGUAUUUACCACAAACAAACAUGAGUAAAAAGACAACAAAAAUGGACCUUCUUUUACCAGAUACCUCAAACAGCUUUCUUUAAGUCGUCCAUAUAGUCUAAUUUGUUAGCUGGUUCAUAACAAAACAUUCGUAGAGACACUAAGAUUAAUAUUAUUGUUCUUUAAAUAACUUAAAAGAUAAAAAUGUGUUAAAUCAUGAUAUUUUGUCAACCCUUUUAAUAAC